AUGAUUCUUAGCAGAACGGAGUCCACUGCAGCCGGCUAUCGCAUAGUUUGCAAUUUGGACUUUCCCAGUGAAACCUUAGCUGAGGUUGCUUGUCGUACCUUAUCCGUCGAUCCUCCACCCAAACGUUCUUCAGUGAAUCAACAUUUUUCCGUCUCAGGUUCUACCCUCGUUUGUGAAUGUUCCGCUCCAUUCUCUCAUGGAUCUUCACAGGACCCCACUACACAACUGAGCAAGUUGCGAAUCGCGGCGCAUUCUGUGGUGGAUUUGGCCUGUCUUGUUCUUGAGACCGUAGAGACCUUUAAACCGACUAGCUGA